GCGACACUGAGCCAUAAUCAUAGCCAUGUGGCUCCAGUGGGCACACAACUCCUGGACUGAAGUUCUCUGGAAAGAUUGCGCUCAGUUGGAGACAGGGAGAGAGACAGAGAGGGGGCAGAGAAGUGAGUAGGACUGAACCGAGGAGGAAAGAGACAGAAUCCUGGAAAGACGGAGACAACUUUCAAGACGCCCACAUUUUUUUUUUUGUUUUUAAGUUUUGGUGCGCUUUUGAAGGAGCGUCGGAAAAGAGCGCACGCUUCUUUCUUUUUUUUCUCCGGGGGCGUCCGAAAUUAAAUAUUGUGUGCAGUGGAUGUGAAAAGCGGGCAGAGGUUGAACACAGAGCCGGAGGAAUGUAUCCAACUCGGGCAGCGGCGAACCAGCGUCUCUGGAGAUGUCCAGCCUGCGCUCUGUGGAUCUCCCUGCUGCUCCAGUGUGUCCUGGACCUGAGCGCGUCUGGGUCUGAAUUUCAGCAAGACCCCAAUGUGCUAGCUGCCACUUCAUGGAACACUUCUAGCGAUGGACCCUUCUUCAUCCGCCUCGAAAACCCCAUGAACAACAUAACCACAUCUUUGGGCCACACGGCGGAGCUUUUCUGCCGCGUGUCCGGCAACCCGACGCCCACCGUGCGCUGGCUGAAGAACGACGCGCCCGUGGUUCAGGAGCCGCGCCGGGUCUCCUACCGGUCCAUGGUGUACGGGUCGCGCCUCCGCAUCCGUAACCUGGACACCACCGACACAGGCUACUUCCAGUGCGUGGCCACCAACACCCAGGGCACCGUGUCCACAACAGGAGUGCUGUUUGUCAAAUUUGAUCCGCACCCUACGCUCGUGACAGGAAGGCCGACGGAGGAUUUCGACGAAGAGGGAUUCUGCCAGCCAUACAGGGGCAUAGCCUGCGCCCGCUUCAUCGGGAACCGCAGCAUCUUCGUCGACUCCUUGCAGAUGCAGGGGGAGAUCGAGACGCAGAUCACAGCCGCAUUCACCAUGAUCGGGACGUCCAACCACUUGUCCGACCGCUGCUCCCAGUUCGCCAUCCCGUCCCUCUGCCACUUCGCCUUCCCGACGUGCGACCGCAGCUCGGGCACCGACAAACCUCGCGACCUCUGCAAGGACGAAUGCGAGAUCCUGGAGAACGACCUGUGCAAGACGGAGUACAUCAUCGCCCGCUCAAACCCCAUUAUACUGAAGAGGCUGAAGCUGCCAAACUGCGAGGACCUGGCCGCCUCCGACAGCCCAGAGGCUGCCAACUGUCUGAGGAUCGGAAUCCCCGUGGCCGACCCAAUUAACAAGAAUCACAAGUGUUACAACAACAGCGGUGCAGACUACAGAGGAACCGUCAGUUUGACCAAGUCGGGGCGUCAGUGCCAGCCUUGGAACUCCCAGUAUCCUCACAGCCACACCUACCUGGCCGUCCGCUACCCGGAGCUCAACGGGGGACACUCGUACUGCCGCAACCCGGGGAACAAGCACGAAGCCCCUUGGUGCUUCACGCUGGACGAGGGGGUCCGCAUGGAGCUGUGCGACAUACCCAUCUGCGACCAUAAGGACAAGUCAGGUGGCGGCAACAUGGAGAUCUUGUACAUCCUGGUUCCCAGCGUGGCCAUCCCCUUGGCCAUCGCUUUGCUCUUCUUCUUCAUUUGUGUCUGCCGCAACAACCAGAAGUCCCCCAGGCCUCCGGCGCCCCGCCAGCCCAAGCCGGUCCGGGGACAAAAUGUGGAGAUGUCCAUGCUCACAACUGCGUACAAGCCAAAGAGUAAAGCCAAAGAGCUUCCCCUAUCGGCUGUGCGUUUCAUGGAGGAGCUCGGCGAGUGCUCUUUGGGGAAGAUCUACAAGGGUCACCUGUACCUGCCGGGCAUGGACCAGGCUCAGCUUGUGGCCAUAAAAACUCUGAAAGACGUCUCCAGUGCCCAGCAGUGGGGCGACUUCCAGCAGGAGGCUGCAGUGCUGACUGAGCUGCAGCACCCCAACGUGGUGUGCCUCCUGGGCGUGGUUACCCAGGAGCAACCGGUCUGCAUGCUGUUUGAGUUUCUGCCGCAAGGCGACCUCCACGAGUUCCUCAUCAUGCGCUCGCCGCACUCCGACGUCGGCUGCAGCAGCGACGAGGACGGCACCGUGAAGUCGAGCUUGGACCAUGGCGACUUCCUCCACAUGGCCAUACAGGUGGCUGCUGGGAUGGAGUACCUGGCCAGUCACUUCUACAUCCAUAAAGACCUCGCGGCUCGGAACAUUCUGGUAGGCGAACAGCUCCACGUCAAGAUCUCCGACCUGGGUCUCUCCAGGGAGAUCUACUGCUCGGACUACUACUGCAUCCAGCCUAAAGUCCUGCUGCCCAUCCGCUGGAUGCCCCCCGAAGCCAUCUCCUACGGAAAGUUCACCACGGAUUCAGACAUCUGGUCGUUCGGAGUGGUGCUGUGGGAGGUCUUCAGCUACGGCCUGCAGCCCUACUACGGCUUCUCCAACCAGGAGGUGAUGGAGAUGGUGAGAAAGAGGCAGCUGCUGCCCUGCCCUGAGGACUGUCCGCCAAGAUUUUAUGGUUUGAUGACUGAGUGCUGGCAGGAGGGACCCGGGCGUCGGCCACGCUUCAAAGACAUCCACGCCCGCCUCCGAGCCUGGGAGGGGCUGUCGUCCCAUGCCAGCUCCAGCACGCCCUCUGGUGGAGGAGGCAACGCCACCACUCAGACCACCUCGCUGAGCGCCAGCCCUGUCAGCAACCUCAGCAACCCCCGCUACGCCGCCGCGGCCGCUGCAGGCUACCUCUACCCGGCCCAGGCCAUGUCCGCGCAGGGGCAGAUGGCUGCAAUUCCGGCCUGGACGCCCAUGGCUGUUCCCCAGACCCACCAGCGCUUCAUCCCCGUCAAUGGAUACCCCAUCCCACCGGGGUACGCAGCUUUCCCCGCUCACUUCGCUCCCCAAGCCCCCCCAGCGAGGGUAAUCCAGCACCACCUUCCCCCGCCCAAAAGCCGCUCGCCCAGCAGCGCCAGCGGCUCCACCAGCACGGGCCACGUCAGCGGAGUGCCCUCCACCACAGGCUCCAACCACGACGCCAACACGCCGCUGCUUUCCCACUGCAUCAUGCCCGGGAGCGGCGGGGGGCCGCCUCAGACGUACGGACAGGUUUCCCAGAAAGGGAUGGGACAGAUGGACCACGUGUCACAAACAGCGGCGCUGCUCAACGCUGACUCUGACGUACUGAUGUACAACGACUCGGUCAUCACCGCGGACCUGUAGAUAAACUGAGGGAUACUUGCCCUCGCCCUUUCUGCCCAGGACCCAGAUCUGAGAGUUCGGCCUCUCGUGCGGGGACCCGGUACACUCACACUUCUUCUACUCUGGUCCUACUGAGACCCAGCUGAAACAGGCCUCUAUGCACACCCGUGUGCAAGAACCACCGCAGCUACACACGUAUAUAAGCAGCUGUCUGACUUUGUAAUGCCUUACUGUUUAAAGCAAGUGUACUUACUAUCAUGGUUUGAAAAAAGUUGUGUUGUUAUUUUAACCUCUCUGUAAAUACGGUACACGAUUCCUGAAUGAAUGAAUGAAUGAAAUACAGAGAUAUAUAUUCAAAGGAACUUUUUUUUUUUUAUCAAGGAAAAACACUUUAAAGUUGAACACGUAGCGAGUCCACCCUGUGCCUUUUAUGAAACGGUGAAAUAAGUUCCUGUGCCCACGACCGCAUUCAAUGAAUUGCUUCAAAGAGGAUGUCGAGGAGAAAGCGGCAUGAUGUGAUGACCUUUAGGUGCCUUUCAGCUUAAGCAGUGACCUGCUGCUCAAUGGACAUGUUGAGGAAAAAAAUGAAAUAGCCGAGCUAUCAAGCUCUUAUUGAAAGACAAACUGACCUGCCAAGGUACACAAAGCGUCAUACUCGUCUCCUUGGACCCUAUAACUAAAGGAUUUUUUAUUUUUUUUUGGUUGCAUGCUAACAGCUGUGUGACUGCCCAUCAGAGAAGCAGAAUUCAAAUGAACGCAGAGGAGCUGCAGUGAAUAAAUUGGCUAAAAUGCUUCAUUUUGACGGAAUAUCCCUUUGAAAGUGACGGCUGAAUGUUUUUUUUUUUUUUUUUUUUUACCUGCAUCUUCAUCAUGGAAACUCGUCAAAGCUGAGAAGCGAGAAGGCUGACCGUUGACUCACUAUGACUCUUAAUCAGCCCUUCCUGAUAUUUCCCAUCAUCAUUUCCCUUUCAGAUGUUUUUUUUCCCCCCAGCUCUUAAGGCAUGUAACUACAAAAGCUGACUGCAGAUUUACAAAAUUUACAAAUGAAGCUACACUGCACCGGACAAAAGGCAAGCACUCAUCACGCUGGAGCUAGCAUCAGUUUUACUGUCAGGUCAUCACUGGUUGGAUGUGGUCUUAGAAGAGUUUUCACAAUGUUUGAUUUUGAAGGAAGAUUUUGUGGCUUUUUUCCGUUCCUGUAUUCUAUUUCAUCUUUACUGUGCAGAAAUACCAGUCAUGACAUGGAGGAAUGAUAAAGUUAAAGAGUUGUAAGGUCUCAGCCAUGUACAUAGAUAAAAAAAUAUAUAUUUGAUUGGCGCUUUGGGGUAGUGCUGAGAAUAUUUCUCCAAAAAUAAGGUUUCACUUCAUUAGUUUGGAGGCAGAUUGUAAAAAUGUGUGGAGAGAGAGGUCUACAUCAACCAGGCAUAACAUUAUGACCACCUUCCCAAUAUUGUGUAGGUCUUCCAUGUCCAUUCUCUGAUGAGUCAGAGAAUGGACAUGGGCCUUCUGAAAGUGUCCUGUGGUGUCUGGUAACACAACA